AUGGCCUCGUCCAGCGACCUGAGGGAGAAACUGAGGAAGAAGCGGCGAGCAAUUCAGGAAUCCUUAGUGAAAGUCAAAGAUGGACCGGACACUCAGGCUCUGGUUCCCACGGACAAGGAUACGAAUAAGGAAAGUGAACAUGCCACGGUGGAGGAACUCACAGCAGGAGCGGAGGAUCCUGGAGAAAAACUACGACGUACACUGAAAGCUCAGAGAAUGAAGAAGAAAAAGAAGCUGCUGGAGGAGACGGUGGUGGAGCCCCCUGGUGCCGAGGAAGAGAGAGUGCAAGAGGUGGUGAUUACUCAGACAGCUGAGGAGCAAGGGAAGUCUGAGGAGGCUGUAGCGGAGGACAGCUCUUCUGUCCAUUCUCAGAGGGACCUGCCCUCUCCGUCAACGCUGCGACCUAGCCCCAGUCACUCAGAGAGCUCAGUGAAACAGCGCAUGAGAGAGAAACUGAGAGCGGCCAGGUCUAAAGCUGAGAGCCUGCUCCAGCAAGAGGCCUCCACCACAACAGAGCCGACCAGUCGCCUACAGAACCUCAGAUACAGAGACACCCUGACCCGCUUUGACAGAGAGACGGGACUGGAGUUGCAUCAGACGCAUCAGGACGAUUCACAGUCUCUGGCUGCCAGAGUCAAAUUCCACGACGCUGCGCGACGGGCGAGGCGUGACACCGGGGUGGAAGCAGGCAUGCCCACCACAGAGGAAGCCUACAACUUUUUCACAUUCAACUUUGACCCAGAACCUCAGCCAAAGCAAAAGAGGGGUCAAAAAAAGAGGAGAUGGAGGAGAGGACAGGGAGAGGGGGAUGACGGAGAGCAAGAGGAGGAUAGGGAGGAGGGAGAGGAAGGGGCUGAAGAGGAGGAAGACGAGGCUGAGAUGGAGAGAGAGAAUGAAGAGGAGGAGGAAUCUCAGGAGAGGGAUGAGGAUGCUCCUCUUGUCAGGGAGGAAGAGGAUCUCUUCAUGAUUGACCAGUCGGCACAGGACUUUUUAGAAGUGAGAAAAGCAGAGUAUCUUGGUUAUAGCAGGCGUGUCCAACAGGAGAGUGGUGCUUUUUUCACCCCCAGUCUCAGAACAGUGCCAGCCUCCAGUAAACUGCCAGAGAAUGUGCAGCCGCGGUAUUUGGAGGAAGAGGGGCUAUACGUGGGGGAGCGGCCUCCAGUCUCCCUGACCAAUCAGAACAUCCUGGAAAAUCGCAUCUUGAAACAAGAGCAGGGCACGAAGUGGUUUGGUGAUGAUGGGCGGAUCAUGGCUCUGCCCGACCCAAUAAAAGAAUCUUCAUCCAGACCGCCCCUGUUCCAUCUGGACGAUGAGCUGGACCCGGCUCUGCAAACUGUCUAUAGGAAGGCUCUGAAGUCCAAGUAUGUUAACCGUUACAUCGCUGGAGUGGAUGACGCACUGGGAAACUACCAGCUAGAUGUGGAUGUUUCUGGACUCAUUUUUUCCCAUCAUCCCUUGUUCAGCCGUGAGCAUGUUCUAGGUGCGCGACUGGCUCAGCUCUACGACCAGCAUCUAAACAGACAGCACAAAAAUCUGUCCCGUCUCCUGACUGAUAAGCUGAAUGGUUUGAGAAACACCAUUCGGAACAUUCUGGAACUGCACGGCGGGGAUGGCCUAAGUCAGGGCACACAGCAAAGGAUCGCUGAAUACAAACUGGAAGUGAGGCAUACACGUCAGAUGCGAGACCUGGAGCAGGAAAAAGAUAGGACUCUGCUGAAAAACAUCAUUAAGGUGUGGAAAGAUCUGAAAGCCCUGAGGGAAUUCCAGAGAUUUACCAACACACCUUACAAACUUUUUCUCAGAAAAGAGGAGGUGGAGAGGUCUGCAGAUGAGCGUGAGUACGACGCAGAGAUCCAGGCAGAAGUUGCGGAACUGCAGGCGGAGACUGAAGAAGACUACCAGAAGAAAACGAAUGAGUACAGGAAACAACACGAAGAGUGGAAGGCUUGGAGAAAGAAGCAGAAAGCACUGAAGAAAAAGAAAAAAAAGAAAAAAAGACAACACUCUCAGGAUGAGGAAGAGGAUGAGGAAGAUGAGGCAAGUGAGGAAGAGCUGGGAGAUGAGCCUCUAAAACCAGAGGCUCCAGAGAGGCCUGACGUGGAGGCUCUGGAACAGCAGGUGCGAGAGAAAGCUGCCAGGAUCCGCAGGAAACCCGGAGAACCGGUCCUGGUGCCGGAGCUCACGGCCUCUGGCCCCAUCACACCCAAUGAACAAUGUCCACGGGGGGAGUUUGCCAGGAGAGAGGACGUAGCCAAGCGUUCCCUCUUUGUCAAAGUCUUGUACAACGAUAAAGAGGUUUCACGAACAGAUAGCCGCACCCUCAACACAGACUUCAGGGUUCACUUUGGCCAGAUUUUUAACCUCAAAAUAGUUAACUGGCCUGAGAGCAUCAAACUACAGGUCUAUGAGACUGUGGGUUCCUCAAGCUCCCAGGUGGCUGAAGUGUUUGUACCAAUCCCAGAAUCCUCUGUGCUCACAGGCAGCGCUCCAUCUGAGGAGCUAGAGUUUAGCAGCAACCAGAGAGUCACCUUUAACCAUGAGGGUGUCGGCAGUGAUGUACCCUUCUCAUUUGAGGCAGACGGCAGUAACAAGCUGACACUGCUGACUUCUGGGAAGUUGUCCUGCUGUGUUUCCUGGGCAAUAGGAGAGGAUGAUGUUCCAUUAGCCCCGCCCUCUAAUCAGCCUAGUGGGCUCAUGCACAGUGGGCUGAAGCAGAUGGAUGCUAUAGCGUGUAUAGGGGCGUCUGGUCUCACUGAUAUGAAGAGGUUGGGCCAAUGGGCAGCUGAGUCACGGCUGGACCCCAAUGAUCCCAACAAUGCCUCAAUCAUGCACCUUCUCUCUGUGGUGAGUGGAGGGGAGCUAGCUGUGCCAGAUUACUUCCGUCUGGAGCAGCUGCAGGAGGAGUUUAAUUUUGUGUCCCACGAGGAGCUGGAGAGAUCACGGCGUUUCCGCCUGCUGAGGCUCAGGAGCCAGGAAGUGGCCGAGUUCCGUCACUUUAAAAGUGUCCCCUCAAUGGAGCGCGAGAUCUCUGACAAAGUGUUCCAGGACUAUGAGAAGAGGCUGAAGGAUGGAGAGCUCGUUGACACAAAGGAACACAUCGAUGCACACCGAGCAUUAGUGGCCAAAUAUCUGCAGAAAAUUCGUGAGUCAGUGGUUAAUCGUUUCCUUAUUGCCAAACAUCAUUUUCUCUUGUCUGAUGUGGUCAUAGAGGAGGAAGUCCCAAGCAUUGGUGGUCCAGGCCCUGGGGUUCUGGGGUUGAACCUCUUUAAGCUGGCUGAACCCAAACGCCCUCUCAAACCGCGGAGGAAAGAGAGGAAGAAAGUGACGGCUCAGAACCUGUCAGACGGAGACAUCAAACUCCUGCUCAACAUCCUCAGAGGAUACGACAUCCCCAUCCGCAAGCCUCACACCAGCAAACCCUCUGUGGCGUCAAAGUCAGCUCGCUCUUUCACAGAAACGUUCACAGCUUCACAGACGGCCAUACAGGGCAGUGACUGGCCCUCUGACCAGGUGUUGGUCAGACCCUUCGUCGAGGUAUCUUUCCAGCGCACGGUUCUCCGCACGUCCACGGCUGAAGGACCCAACCCUUGCUGGAAUGAGGAGCUGGUGCUGCCUUUUAGUGCCCCUAAUGGUGACUAUAGCACAACCAGUCUCCAGUCAGUGAAGGAUGAAGUCUUCAUUAAUAUCUUUGAUGAGGUUCUGCAUGAUGCAGUGGAGGAUGAGAGGGAGAGAGGGACCAGCAUCCACACCCGGAUAGAGAAACACUGGCUGGGCUCAGUGAGGAUUCCUUUCAGCACAGUCUACCUUCAGUCCAGGAUCGACGGGACGUUUAAAGUGGCCAUGCCACCAGUGUUGCUAGGAUACAGUAAGGAGCGUAGCCUGGCGAGUGAGGGUGGCUAUGACACUGUGCGCAGUCUCAGUGAGGGAGCCUUCCUCACACUCUUCAUCACCAUUGAACCUCAGCUGGUACCCGGGGAGACUGUGAGAGAGAAGAUGAGGGAUAUAAAGUUUGACACCCAGGAGGUGGAGAGGCUGCUGCUGGCGUGUGAGGUGUAUGAGAAGGAGGCUUCACGACGUUUUCCUGACAGACCCUGUCUCACCACCGUCAUAGACAUCAACGGGAAGACCGUCUUUAUCACACGCUAUAUUCGCCCCCUCAACCCACCUCAGGAGCUGCUGAGCGCCUUUCCCAACAGUCCACAGGAGACCACAGACUUGGUAGCCCGUUACGUCUCUCUCAUCCCCUCCCUGCCAGACAGUGUGUCCUUCACUGGCGUCUGUGACCUGUGGAGCACAUGUGAUCAAUUUCUCACUCUCCUGGCUGGGGACGAAGAGGAGCAUGCUGUUCUGCUCUGCAACUACUUCCUGUCCAUGGGCAAGAGAGCCUGGCUCAUCAUUGGAACUGCUAUUCCUGAGGGUCCCACGGCGUAUGUUCUAACGCAUGAGCAAAGUCGCUAUCUCAUCUGGAACCCAAGCAGCGGUCAGUAUUAUGGUCAGUACGACACCUUCUGCCCCCUGCAGUCUGUGGGCUGCCUGGUCAACGCUGAUAAUGUGUGGUUUAAUAUUCAGACGUACAACACGCCAAUGAGGAUGAGUUUUGACAUCACCAAAACCAAGUUGUGGAAGCCAUUUUUUUCUCGUGCCUUCCCUAACCCAGGGCUCUCCAGUGUGCAGCCAGAGGAGCUGGUGUACAGACGCACAGACAAAGCAGCAGCCGUAGAACUGCAGGACAGGAUUGAGAAGGUGUUGAGGGCCAAGAUUAUGGAAUGGCGUCCGCGCUACCCGACCCGCUGGAACCGUUACUGCACCUCCACCCUGCGUCAUUUUUUGCCCAGGCUGGAGCUGAGUGGAGGGCGUGAGGUUGCAGAAGAACACCGACUGGAACUGCAGAACCUGUUGGGAGACUACAGGAUAUCUGGUUUUCCCUUGCAUCUGCCUUUCUCCGAGAUCCGGCCAAUCGUUGAAGCUGUGUACAGCACAGGGGUCCAUAACGUGGAUGCCUCUAAUGUGGAGUUUGCCCUUGCUGUCUAUGUCCACCCAUACCCCAGUAACGUCCUGUCUGUGUGGGUGUAUAUCGCCUCCCUCACACGCACACGCUAA